AAGUGUCAACGUCGACCACCCCCUCCCCUCCUAGUCGCAGCGAAUCAUCAUUCUUGUCAUUCAGUAACUUGUUGGGAUUUUUUAAUUUAAUAAAUUAAUUAUUUUAGUUGUUUUUGACCGUUUUGUUUUAUAGUUUGUGAAAAUAUAACUAGUGCUUGAAGAAACCAAAUAACUGGCUUGAUAUAUCAACUCUCCGCAGGCCCCAGGCCUCGGCCUGCGGUCAUCUUAAUUUAGACUUUAAAAAACACCGUAAUAAUUGUACAAAUCUUUAGUGCUGUCAUACCCACUUUCUCAUCAUAAUUUCACAAUAUUUUUUUUCUACAAGUAAUAUAAUGUCACAGUGGAAUACCACAUACGCUUACAACGGCCAAUAUCAAGCUGGUAACGCCUGGAACGGUGACUUGAAUGGUCAAUAUGUUAAUCAACCUUAUUACCCCAAUAGGCAAGACCCUAGUGGACAGUAUGUUAGUUUCAAUGAUUUUUUAUCGCAAAUGCAGACCAACAAUACUGUGCCUAAUAAUGUGCAACACUUUCCUAAUGUUCCUUACGAAAAUUACGCCCCAGCUCAGUACAACUAUCAAAACGUGCCCUCCACAUCCCAGGAGCCUCAACGAGAAAAUUACAACUACAGUACAAGUUCUACCACAAUGCCUAACAGUGCAGAAUCUUACCAUGGCCAAAGGCAGUACAAUGUGAAUCCUACAUACUCAAAUGAUUUGAUACUUAAAUCCAACCUUACACCUACAGCAACUGAAUUUGUGCCAAAAAGUAUGUUAAAAACACCCUCAAACAGUCAAAAAGUAUGUGAGACUCCCAGCUCUUGUAAUGGUGUUCAUGAAACUGUUAAUACUCCAAGCACCUCAUCAGAAACCAACUGGAGAGAAAGACCACAAAGUUCUCAUAAAAAUGGUGAUACAAAUGGCAAAGAUGCAAGUAAUAGGUCACACAGAAACAAUAGAAACUAUGAAAGUAGCAGUCGGAACAGAGAGACAAAUUAUAGUGACAAUAAGAAUAACGAAUUAUCUCAUGAGAGCUAUAGGCAUAAUGAGUCUAAGAGCAGAAAAAAUGACUCCAGCAACCGUCAUGACAACCCUCGAAACUAUGAGCCAAGUAGUCACAAUCAAGAAUCUAAUUAUCAGAAUACUGAUAAUGAUAGGUCAUAUAAUUCAAACCGUAAUGAUAAAAGAGGGCAAUCUAAAAUAAACAACAGAUCAAGAGUGAAAGAUUCUGAUGUACGCACAUUCUAUAAUAGUUCAGUACCCAAGGAUAGCCAGGAUGUAAGGAACACCAGGAAUGAAGGUUCCGGUAGGCAAAAGAAUUGGGCAGGAUCACAACGACUCAGGGGGGUAGACCGAAGUAACCCUGAUGAUGAAUUGUAUGCAAAUAGCUACCUUCAUCAGAGGGAUGAUAAACUAGACAGGGUCAAAUCAGAAAAUGCUUCCAGUCCUAUUAGAUUUAGAAAUAAGAAUUCAGACCAAGUUGUAGCACAAAAAGAGAUGACCCAGCGGGAACGCUUGACAGAACAACUAGACAAGGGCACAUUAGAAUGUCUGGUGUGCUGUGAGCGUGUUAAACAAAUAGACCCUGUGUGGUCAUGUGGAAAUUGUUACCAUGUACUGCAUCUCAAGUGCAUAAGGAAAUGGGCACAAAGCAGUACUGUGGAGGGUAAAUGGCGUUGUCCUGCGUGUCAGAACCCAAACGAAGAUAUUCCCUCGGAUUAUCGAUGCAUGUGCGGCGCGAUGCGAUCACCAGAGUACCAGCGCGGCUCGACCGGCGCGCACACUUGCGGCAAGGCGUGCAAGCGGCCACGCAGUUGCCCGCAUCCUUGCACAUUGCUCUGCCAUCCGGGACCAUGUCCGCCAUGCCAAGCUACUGUUAACAAACAAUGCGGCUGUGGCGCAGAAACUCGAUCGAUUCUGUGUAGCAGCAAGCUUCCUCAAGUGUGUGGACGUGUCUGCCAACGCACUUUAGAAUGCAAUGUACACAAGUGUGCAAAGGAGUGCCACGAAGGGCCUUGCGACACUUGCGAUGAGAUGGUCACACAAGUGUGUUACUGCCCGGCGGCUCGUGCGCGCACGGUGGCGUGCACGGCGGAGUCGAGCGGGCGCGCGGCGUGGUCGUGCGGCGCGGAGUGCGCGCGCGUGCUGGCGUGCGGCGCGCACGUGUGCCGCGCGCCCUGCCACCCGCCGCCCUGCCGCCCCUGCGCACUACUGCCCGACAGCGUGCUCACGUGCCCCUGCGGCAAGACCAAGGUUGAAAGGGAAAAACGAAAAUCUUGCACAGACCCCAUCCCGCUGUGCGGGAAUAUCUGCGCCAAACCGUUACCGUGCGGCCCGGCCGGCGAUAAACACUUCUGCAAGCUAAAUUGUCACGAAGGUCCAUGCCCUGUGUGUCCUGAUAAGACACUUUUGCAAUGUCGAUGUGGUCACUCGAGCCGCGAGGUGCCUUGCGCUGAACUUCCUGAAAUGUUGAACAAUGUGCUGUGCCAGAAAAAAUGCAACAAGAAACUAUCGUGCGGCCGUCACAAGUGUCGUUCGGUAUGCUGUGCGUCAUCGACGCAUCGCUGCGGCGUGGUAUGCGGGCGGCUGCUGUCGUGCCAGCUGCACCGCUGCGAGGAGUUCUGCCACACGGGUCGCUGCGCGCCCUGCCCGCGCCUGAGUUUCGACGAGCUGCACUGCGAGUGCGGCGCGGAGGUGCUGCUGCCGCCGGUGCGCUGCGGCGCUCGCCCGCCGCCGUGCUCGGCGCCGUGCCGCCGGCCGCGCGCCUGCGAGCACCCGCCGCACCACUCCUGCCACUCCGGCGACUGUCCGCCCUGCGUCGUGCUCACUACCAAACGCUGUCAUGGUAAUCACGAGGAACGUAAAACAAUUCCCUGUUCACAAGAAGAGUUUUCAUGUGGUUUGCCUUGCGGAAAGCCACUCCCUUGCGGCAAGCACAAUUGUAUCAAAACUUGCCACAAGGGUCUUUGUGAUACUGGAAAAUGCACGCAGCCGUGCACGGAAAAACGUCCCGGAUGCGGACACCCGUGCGCGGCGCCGUGCCACUCGGGCGCGGCGGAGGGCAGCACGGCGGCGGCGUGCCCCAGCGCCGCGCCGUGCCGCCGCCCCGUGCGCGCCACGUGUCUGUGCGGACGCCGCAGCGCCGAACGCGCCUGCUGUGACAACGCGCGCGACUAUGACAGAAUGGUGAGCGCCCUCGCUGCCACCAAGAUGCAGGACGGCGGCUCCGUCGACCUAGCCGAUGUCCAACGGCCAACGAACGUGCUUAAAACGUUAGAGUGUGAAGAGGAAUGCCGCGCGGAAGCACGUGCCCGCCGACUGGCGCUGGCGCUGCAGCUGCGCAACCCCGACGUGUCGAGCAAGCUGGCGCCGCGCUACAGCGAGCACGUGCGCGCCACCGCACAGCGCGAGCCCGCCUUCGCGCUGCACGUGCACGACAAGCUCACCGAGCUCGUGCAGCUCGCCAAGAAGUCGAAACAAAAGACACGUUCGCACUCGUUCCCGUCAAUGAACUGGCAAAAGCGUCAGUUCAUCCACGAAAUGUGCGAGCACUUCGGCUGCGAGAGUGUUGCGUACGACGCCGAGCCCAACCGGAACGUCGUGGCUACGGCGGACAGGGAGAAGGUCAGCUCGUGGCUGCCGGCGAUGAGCGUGCUGGAGGUGCUGGCGCGCGAGGCGGGCAAGCGCCGCGUGCCGCCGCCCGUGCUGCGCGCGCCCGCGCCGCCGCCCGCGCCCGCCGCCGGGCCCGCGCACUCCGCCGCCAACAAAUCAUCAAGUGGAAGUGGCUGGGCGACGCUGACGUCGACGAACGCGUGGGCGGCGCGCAGCCAGCCCAAGCCGCAACCGCAACCGACAUCGGACGCCAAAAUCGACUACUUCGACAACCCGCCCGACAACUAGCGCUUUGGUAUAUUAGUUCAAUUUGUAGCACAAUGUUCUUCCCGGUAUAUUGAGAAUAUAAAAUUGAGAUCCGUUUUAUUCUAUUAAAUGUUACAAUUUAGUUAGCAAAUGAUCUGUGCAGUAUACUAUGAAUUGUAAGACAACGGUAGUUAUAAGAAGUAUCAGUAAUUUUUUUCAUCACCAGAUAAAAUUCAAGAUUACUCUAUAAAUCUUGUAAUUACCAUUGUGUCAGUUCGGUGUCCUGACUAUAAUAUGGCGUAGAAGAUAAUGUCAAGUCUGGGGGUGGAACUAUCUGUAUCGUAUUACAAUAGAUUGUUUAAAAAUUAUAACCUCGGUGGUGUAGUUGUAUGUUGCGCGCAACUGCAGUGCUGAAGUCUCGGGUAGGAUAUCUGGGCUUGGCAGUGAUACUGUUUUUUUUUUACUGUAUAUGAGGUAAUAUCGGAGUAUUGAAUUUGUGCCCGAUGUGCUGAUAGGAUCUGCCCCUAUAACAUCAUUGGAUGGAAUACACACGGUGGGAAGUUGGUGAACCUGUUGCACCUCUGCCUACCCCCUCGGGGAUAUAAGCUUCGUAUGAGUGUGUAAGUGUUUAAAAAUAGUGUUUCGGAUGUUUCUACCGUUGCUCAACCUUUAUUCGGAAACAGCGUGUAUAUACCCUGAAAAUUUAAAUUUUCUCAAUAGAAAUGUAAUCAGGAAAACGGAUAUUUCAAAUGCAUGCAUUGCUACUUAAUAUUUAUUGUCACCUACAUUUAUUUACGCGUUGUGAGCCUAACAAUAACGAUAUCUAUGAAAAUAACCUUGUCAUCCAACUUAUUAAUACUAUAUUUACUCUGUAUUGCUAAUAUCAUUGAAACUAACUCGUAAAGUCGCUUCUACAACGUUGUUUUAUUAUUAUAUUAUAUAAUGAUAUUUUCUUUAAAUAAGGGUGCAUUCAAAUUGGACCAAUGUGCAUGUUUGGCAUUGGCAUUAAGCUUUUGAUACACAUACGGCGCGGGUAGCAUGAGCCAUUAAUUAAAGGUGCCGCAUGUUUCACCAACUACUCGCGAGCGGUGCGUUCACUAGAAUGCAUGCUCCCUAACGGUUCUCGUCCACUAUAUAGAAUAAAAAAACAUUAACUGCACAUUUUUCAACGUGUAUGCUAUCCCAUUGGUUAAUAUUUCCUAUAUUCGCUGAAUAAUAGGUGCCCUUGAUUACGUUACAUACAUUUUAUAUUUCAUGUUUUUCCUUGCGGGUAAAAUCCUAGUAUAGGUGUGAUAAUUAUUUAGCUCGGUUCAAUAUAACCAGCUAUUAUUUAUUUAUUUAUUUUUUCAAACUAAACUAAAAUCAUAAGUAAUGGUUCAACAGAAACGCUUAGCAAUAUCAAGCCUAUUAUAAUUAAAACUGAUGACAUUAGCUGCCCAAUUACCUAAACUUCUCCGUCCAUAGUAAACAUUGCCCCAUCGCAUUCAACCAUGUCUCACGUUCCGUGGGAAAUAUGCAAAUUACCCAUAAAUAAUAAAGAGUUGCGUAUUGCUCCAAAAACAACACUUUUAUAUUUUCAAAAAAUACAUAUAAAAAAUAUUAUCUUAAUGAUUGUGUCGUAGUACGACCGUCGUGCUGUAGCCUCGGGUUUGAUACCCGAGGCGGUUAAAUUGAUAUUGAUUUUUCUCUCAGUAUCAGCAACAACAAUUUAUGCCUCAUAUAGGCGAUAGACGCCACCUACCACAUCAUGGGACGUAAUACGGAUGGUGAAAAGUGUGUGAACUACUGGCCUCUGUAAUCCUCUUUGGGGUCAAAGGCAUACAUGUGUGUUAUUAUAAUUAUUAAAAUACACAUAUCAUGCAACAACAUAUUACAUCAAAACUUCUAAUUAAAGAAUGCCUUGAAUUCUGAAUAUACCGGUGAAAGUUAUUUGCAUUUUUAUAUAAAACGUCAUAUACAUAUAGGUACAAUUAUAUAAUGUAGAUAAAAUAUGCCACGUUCAACUAUGAGUGUAUUGAAGAAGUUCACAUUUACACUAAUAUAAGACCAAGCUUCCAGUUAAUACAACCAGUGAAUUCAAUUUUUAUUAUAUAAAUUGUUCUUGCUUUAUCAGUUUUCGUGUUUCUGACAACAAAGAAUAUGAUUUAUCGUACAUCAGCCUACAAAUCCGUCAACUGUUUACAAUUAUUUAUAGUAUUACGUGGAUACUUAAAGAUUGUUCAUAUAGAUAAUCCAGUACUUGUAUAUUAGAGUGUAAAAGUGAAUGAUUGAAAUUAAUUGUUGCAACGGAAUAUUUAAAGUGUUUUACAACAGAACUUGCUAACAUCUUAACCAAAUAUUUAACCCAAUAUAUCAGAAUAUGUUAUAUGUAUGUUUAAUUUUAACUUUUACUUCAAAUUUAUUUUUAUAUUAAUUAUAUUUAUUUAUAAAUAUGGCUUUAAAUAUCAGCUUAAUUUGUUUAUGCUGCAAGCAAGUUCUCUUGAAAAAUGCCUAAUUUUAUUAUUAAAGUGUUCUUAUAUAAUAUUGAUAUUCGAUAAAAGUUUUUGCACAAAUAUAUCAUAACCCCUUAGCCUCAAAAUGGAACGUUGAUUUUGAAAUCUAUUAUGUGAAUAAAAAUAUUAUUUUACGAAUAAAACCUCCAUUACAGACCUGUUUUGUAGUUAGUAAAAUUGUACACAUUGUUAAAGAUUUGCCAAGUUAGUUUGAAAAUUGUGUUACAUAGUUAUUGUUUACAUUCAAUUGCUUUGUUACACUUACAUGUUAAUAUCACAAACAGAAACAUGUGUUCUUUUCAAACGCAUCUACGCAACUUUAAAAGGAACUCCGCCAACAUUCAGACCAAAAUGUGGAUAUAGUAUGAUGACAUAUUGCCAAAGGCGUAGAUGCUUGGUAUUCACACGAGAUAGAUCAGUGGCGAAGGGUGAAAAUUUUCAAAAGGGAACCCGACGAAAUAUUUUUUUCUACAGUUAACAUAAUAUAAUACGCUGAUCACAAUAAAUUAAAAUCAGUAAAAUAUUAUAAUACUUAAUAAUUUCCUUCUAACAUAAAUAUGAUGUCUAGUCUCUAAAUUUACAAAAUAAUCAUUUAUUUGGAACAUAGGUACCUAAAAAAGUCCAACAAGAAUUAAUAACGCACAAACACUAAUUAUACAUUCUAAAUUAUUAAAAAUAUUUCGCGCCAAUAGCUCAACAUGAAGCCGCAAAUUCUCGGGUUACCCUGAAGUACACAGACACGCACGCACACUUGUAUUUUUACGCCACUUCCAAAACAUUAGACAGAGACACCGCGCUGCGUGUGAAAGAGACAACAAUAUCGCGAGGGAAGCUUUUCGCGGCCGGGUUCACUUCGAACACUAUAAGGCGCGAACAUUGCGCGCGAGUUACGAUUUAACGAAUUGAUAUGAUCGACAGAUAUCAUUGAAGUAUUCAUAUUUAAUAAAUAUAAGAUGACUUGUUUGAAUAUACUAUUUUUAUUCUAGUUAUAUUGUUAUGUUUUUCUUUUAUUAUUUUUAAUUAAUUUACAAAAGGUAACCCGGUAGGAAUCGGCUUGUAUAGACGCUUCGCCACUGAGAUAGAUACUUUAACCAUAAAUACUCUAUUGAUGGUCCUGAUUUUCUGUUAACACCAAAAUCGGUUGUAUUGGAUCACUUUUUCUUGACACUUUUAUAUCUGUAUUUAUAACAUUUUUAAAUACCAAACAUUGAUUCUAUAGUUCAACGUUACGUUAUAUUGAAUUCAAACUAUACCGAGAAAGUAAAUAUAAUUUCCUGUUCGCUAUGUUUUUUAUCCAUACAUUUACUAAACAGUAAAAAAAAUUACAUUUCUGACUUCGGCACUCACCAUUAUGAUAUCAAAAUUUUUUUGGAAUCGACCUAUGCUAAUGCCGCACUGAAGUUAUGUCAACAACCACGAAUUCCGACGUAAAAUACUGCAUGAUGUGAGAAUAUUAUGUCUUAUUCCAUUAUUAUAUUAUUGAAAGAAAAGAAAAAAAAAUCAUAAGAUGUGAAACACCUAUUCUUUAUUUCGGUAAAGCGAUCAUGAAUGAUAUUAGACAUUCGUGUAUAUCUGCAUCGGAUAAUGCAUUAUAAUGGAAGAAGCGAUCUAAAAAUGUACUGAGUAUGCAAUUUUAUUUGUAUUAACAAAUGAAUUGUAUGUAUGUUGUUAGAAUUUCAUGCUAUAGAAAGAAUGAAAGAAGUUUAUUGUUGGAAAAAAAUAAACAUUUAAAACACAAAAUCCUACAUUACAUAUGCAAUAAAUGCACAAAUAAUGAGCCUCCCAUUCAGCUAUGUAUUGCAGGACCAACUGUGUAGUACUGCAGAGUUAGUUUUCAAUGAGUUUACUUUGUUUUUUUUUUUGUCGUUUUGUCUAUGUUAUGUACCUAUAUCUGUAAUAUUCGUCAUUAACCUUGUAGCCUUAUACAUGUUUAAUCGCCAUUUUCAAAAAAGAUCCCAAUCGCUCUUUUCGAUCUAUUUAAAAAAAAUGACCAAUCAGAAUACAUUCUUUUCGACACAGUUACAAAUUACUUAUUUUGAUUGGUUUAUUCUCGGAAUCGGAUAACAGCUUGAGAUUGGGAUCGUAUAUUAAAAACGGCUGUAUUUCACACGGGCUCAUUAUUCAUAUAAAGAUACAAUUUUUAAUGACUGCUUUAUAUAAUUUCCCGAUGCUACAUUUGUCCUGUGACCUGCCCAUGGCUGCGUUACUCGAAAAUUCUUCGUUAAUCGCGUUACAAGUUAAUUAUUCAUAUUUUUAAGCAUCUCAGGAAUAUCUUUUGUAUCUAUCCUGUUUUUCGAAUAACCAACUUCAUAUCUCAUAGUUUACGGUAGUGGAUAACCAUGUCAUGUCAAUAUUUAUUUAUGACUAUAUUCCUGAACAUAUUCUAAGGGCGUGUAAUUACAGACGGAAAUAUUACAUCAGAGGUGACGGGGAUGCAUUCUUAUGAAUUUUUCAACGUAAAGCUCCAAUAUGUAGAAAAUAAAAAAUAUUGUAACUAACUUAUAGAUCGCUGUUGUACUGGCGACCAAUAAAGUGUUACGUAUUUGUUAA